AUCUCAAUAUAUUAGUCUUAUUAGUAAUGUUUGCACAGAAUUAUUCAUACAAAUAUUAUUAGCCUGUGUCGGGGACAGUUGUCAAGCUCAGCAACAGGCUCACAGCUCAGCUCCCAGCCUCAAGGUUCCAGAUGUGCAGGGGCCAGGGCUUUCAGGGACACGCCCCCUGGGCCUCUGGGGGGCCAAUUGACGCGCAGAAGGCGGGGCCCUGGGAGCGACAAUGGUGUUAUCCAAUGGAACGACAGCCGGAGCCGCCCCUGGCCAAUCGGCGCGCUCCUCCGCGAUGGGCGGAAGUGGUGAGGCAGCUCUGGGGGCCGUUGUUCGGUGCGGGGGCUGACAGAGGAGGCUUGGUGUCAGCAGCUAGCGAGUCAGCGUUUCUCCUCUUGUCCCUGGUGAGGUGUAGCGGCGGCAUACGGCUGGAGAGCCCCUGUGGCCUCCAGUUCAGGAAGGGUCCGGCAUCCCAAGGGAGGGUGUGUGGGCGAGGGGUCUCCGGGCCCGGGGUUGUGGCUGUGAGAAGAUGCCGGCGCCGCGGCGUCUCAGGCACCUGGAGAAGGCCGCGCUUUCUCCUCAGGAAACCGGGGCCUCGACGGCCCCCAGUGACGCCGCCCCCUUCGCGGCCUAGGCUAGCCCGGGAACUGGGAAACGGGCGUCGUCCGCAGCGCUGCUGUGGCCACCGCGCCCCGGGUGGAGCUGGACUCGGGGCCGGCCUGGGCCUAGAGCCCGAGCCUCGAGCUGCCGGCGUGGGGGGUCGGGAGUGGCCUAGUGCGGCCUCGAGGCCGAAGGAUCCGAGUCCGAGCUCCCACUCCGACCCGCUGGUGCUGCGGGAAACUCAGGUGGCCUUCCGCUUUCGUAGCCUCUGAAGUGGGGAUCAAGACUUUCACUUCAUAGUAUUGUUGUCGGGAUUAAAAGAUUGUCCCGGAAGAGCUAAAGAUGGCUGAAUUUCUAGAUGACCAGGAUACUCGACUUUGUGACAACUG